UUUCUGUUCUGUUUAAUUGUUUGCUUUGCUUAGUGGUUUUUUCCUUUGUGUAUCUAAACUGUCUUUCAAUAUUUUUUGCAGGGUUGGUUUGGUGUUCAUGAAGUUCUUCUGCUUUUCUUUGUCAUGGAAGUAUCGUAUUGCACCAUCUAUUUUGAAUGAUAGUUUUGCAGGAUAUAUCAGUCUUGGUUGGAAAUCAUUUUGCAUUAGGAUCUGGAAUACUUCACUCCAUGCUCUUCUUGACUUUAUCGUUUGUGCUGAGAAGUCUGCUGUGAUUCUGAUAGGUUUUCCUUUAUAAGUGAUCUGUCUUUUCUCUCUGACAGCUUUUAAUAAUCUAUUCUUGUGUUGGAUUUCUGGGAUGGUGAUUAUUGUAUGUCUGGGUGUAGUUUUAUUUUGGUUAUGACUGUUUGGAGUUCUAUAUGCUUCACUGAUCCUGAUGUCAGUUUCUGAUCUCAUGCUUGGGAAAUUUUGAGCUAUUACUUCUCUAAAUAUCCUACUGACAUCCUUCAUGUUGUCUCCCUCUCUUUAAUUAAUCCCUAUCAUUCUUAUGUUAUUCUUCUUUGCAUCAUCUUGCAUUUGUUGAAUUGUUGUUUCCUGAUUCCUUGUUAUUUUCAAAAGAUCUUUCCUUUCCUGUUAUAUCUUGCUGCUUUUCUUGUAUACUCCUUACUUUCAUUGAGACCGUCUUCUUUUAAUUUAUAAAACAUUUUUUCUUGUCCCUCCGUAUUCCCCAAAACCACAUGGUUCCCGUAUUUGUUUAAAUAUUUUGUCAGACACUUCAAAACACAAAAUCUUGAAGAUCCAUUUCAUCCACUUAUUUCCUUUCUUGAUCGCUCCGUAAAAGAAUAAGAGCAUCACAUCACAGUGAUAUAUAUACACACUCAUGUUUUUACAAGCACAGUUUAUAAUAGAUACAUCUUGAAACUAGCCCAAAUGUUCAUCCACUGUUGAAUGGAUAAAAAAAGAUAUGAUGGUUUUUGAAUGAUGGAAAACUACUCUGCCAUGAAGAAGGAUAAUUUGAGAAACUACUUGCUAAAUAUUUAUACCUAGACAACACUGUCAAGUGAAGCGAAGUGGACACACAAGUGUAAAUAUCACUUGAUUUCUGUGGUUUGAAAAUGCAAAAGGAAAUAAGGAAUGCAAUGUGUUUAUUUCGUGUAAUGUUCAGUUAAUGUUUUUCAAAAAAAAAACACCUUCAGUUUUCAAAAUGCUACUUAUGUGCAACAUAAGAAUGUCUCAAUCAUAUGAAAAGCCUGAUGUCAAAAGAGGUGUAAUCUGUUACCUGUUACAACCCUCCAUUCGAUACUUUUCUGCCUGCUUUUUUCUGGAAAUUGUGAUUUGGAGGCUACUUCUAUGAGCUUCACUUUGGAAAUAGUCCACGAUAUAAUUUCAGUAACCCUCCCAGGCAAUCAUUGCUUCCUAAUUUGAUUUAUCUGUAGCACACAGAAGCAAUGUAGACAUGGAAUUUUUAUUUGAAGUAGCUCAAGUUCUCAGGGUAUGAGUGUGAACCUUCUUUCAGGAAAAAUACAUGUGAUUCUUUAGGAGGCAGUGACCUUGGAGGAUGUAACCGUGAACUUCUCCAACGAGGAGGGGUUCUGCUGAAUCCAUCCCAGAAGAAGCUCUACAAAGCUCAGAAAUGAUAAGGAAGCAAUGUGGUAUGAACAUAAAACUUACAAUCAACAUAAAAACAUGUACCUUUGGCCUUCAGAUGUUAAUGCAGACAAGACAAAAUCCGCUUUAAAGCCAGCUGAAAGUUUCGUUUGUGGAGAGCCCAUGAUUGUUCAUUUAUCAUUGAAUAUGCCCAUCUUACCUCACCCUGGAGGAAAGCCACGUGAGUAUUUGGGAUUUGAAGACAAGCUGAAUAAAUGUAAUGAACAUGGAAAACCCUGCAGUAAUUUCCAGUACUUUCAGAAGCAUACAAGGACAAAGAAUGGAGAGAAACCCUAUCAACAUGAGCAGUGCAUGAAAUCCUACUCUGAAUUUAGUGAAAGAACUCAUUUUGAAGAGAAGAUGGUUGUUGAUCAGGAAAAUGUGAAAGCUUCCAGCACCCCCACUGGUCUUCAAAUUGCUGAAAGAAUUCACGCUGGAAAGAAACCAUAUGAAAGCAAGCAAUAUGAAAAUUCCUUCCACGCUCAAAGGUAUAAAAUUCUUGAAAAGAGUCACAUGGAAGAGAAACAUUGUGUGUACAAGCAGUGUGGGAAGACAUUCACUACCCACAAAUCUUGUCAAGUACAUGAAAGAAAUCACAUGGGAAUGAAACCUUAUGUGUGCAAGCAAUGUGGAAAAACAUUCACUUCAAAGAGUUAUUCCAAGGUACAUGAAAGAAUUCACACAGGACUGAAACCUUAUGCAUGCAAGCACUGUGGAAAGGCAUUCAAUGCACACUACUCUUACAAAAGACAUGAACGUAGUCACACUGGGGUGAAACCUUAUGUAUGCAGGCAAUGUGGAAAAAGAUUCACUACCAAGAGUUCUUGUAACAUACACGAAAGAUUUCAUACUUGGGAAAACCUUUAUGUAUGUAAGUACUGUGCAAUGGUAUUCACUAUGAACAGUAAUUGGCAAAGUCAUGAAAGAACUCACACUCAGGAGAAAACUUAUAUGUGCAAGAAGUGUGGGAAGACAUUCCUUACACCCUGUAAAAGACAAACACAUGUAAGAACUCACACUGUUGAGAAACCUUAUGUGUGUGACCAGUGGAAAAGCAUUCACUAGAAAGGGUUAUUGCAAGAUACAUGAAAGAAUUCACACAGGAAUGAAACCUUAUGCAUGCAAGCACUGUGGAAAGGCAUUCAGUACACACAAUUAUUGUCAAAAACACGAAAGACUUCACAGUGGGGUGAAACCUUAUGUAUGCAAACAAUGUGGGAAGGCAUUCUCUACUCGGAAUGAGUGUCAAGUACAUGGAAGAACUCACACUGGGGAAAAACCUUAUGAGUGCAAGCAGUGUGGGAAAGCAUUCACUACACACCACUCUUGUCAAAGACACGAACUCACUCACACUGGGGUGAAACCUUAUGUGUGUAAGCAAUGUGGAAAAGGAUUCGCUACCAUGAAUUCUUGUAACGUACAUGAAAGAUUUCAUACUGGGGGAAAAACCUAAUGUAUGCAAGUACUGUGCAAAGGCAUUCAUUUCAAACAGUCAUUGUCAGCGUCAUGAAAGAAAUCACUCGGGAGAAACCUAAUGUGUGCAAGCAGUGUGGGAAGGCACUACUUAAACACAGUAAGAGGCAAACAAAUGAAAGAAUUCACACUGGAGAGAAACCUUGUGUGCAAGCAAUGCAGGAAGGCAUUCACUGAAAGUAUAGCUGUAAAAGACAUGAAUGUACUCACACUAGGAUAAAAUCUUAUCUGUUAGAGCAAUAUGGAGAAAUUUACUACACACACAUCUUGUCAAAUCCAUGAAAGAACUCACAGAUGGGACCAUAUGCAUGUGAGCUCUUUCAGAAAAAGAUUUGCUAGUAGUUCUUCAAUUCAUAUACAUAACUCACUCUGAGAAGGAACCUUAUGUAUAUCAACAAUGUGAGGAAAGAAUUCCGUGAACACAUUUUUGAUCAGCUACAUGAAAGAAUUCACUGGAAACUGACCCUAUCUAUGUAAACCUAUGUGGAAAAAAGGGCGAAAAUUCCUCCUAUAGUGAGACUUGUACACAUUGAAAUAUAAAAUUUGAUGUCAGUAUAUUUUCAUGGUCUUUACAGAAAAUACAUUGCUAGAUACACAUGUCCUGGAAAGUAUUCUGUCUGUUUUUCAGAAAAAUCACUUUAAAACUGAAAUAUUUAUCUAUAGUCAUUACUACAAACAACAUUCAUAUAAUAUAAUUUGGUGGACAGGAGAUGUAGCUUAGUGACACAAGUGCCUGCCUGGCAAGCAUGCAAUCAAUAGUUGAUCCCUGGUAACCCCUCCUCUCAAAGAAUAACCCAAUUAACAAAAUAAACAAUAUCCAGGGCAGGGGGUUUAGGUCACUGGCAUAACCUGCCUUACAAGCACACGGUCGUGAGUUCUAUCCAGGUACUGAUUUUAAAAAAUUAAAAUUAAAAUAAAACAAUAUUUUUGUGUAAGCCAGUCUUCCAUGCUAGUAUAUAGUAUUUUCUAAUGAGAUGAGUUGAAAUGAAAUAUUUGUCAUUUCCAAGUGGAAUUACUAUAUAAGCAGUUUUGAAUUUUUUUUUUAGUAUGGUGAGGUAUACUCUGAUAAAAAAAUAAACUUUAUUAAUAGUUUUUUUUUUAAGCCUACAGCACCCGGUAUUCCCAGGAGGUCUCCCAUCCAUUUUAUUAAUAGUUUUCAACUGGGAUGUCCUACUAGUUUUAAUUUAAAUUUCUUGUGUACAAUUCAUAUUCUGUAUACACAAUGAUAGCUUUAACUUCCUGAUAUAUAUGUAAAUAUGCAUAUUUAGAGAUAUGUACAUAUAUUUUUAAAACUUCAUAUAUUUCCACACAACUUGCAGAUCACCAAAUGUAUAUUUCAUGACCUAACUAGAAACCUAAAUUCAUUGAUAUAUAUGUAAAUGUCUGGGAAUUUAGAUAUGCAAGCAUUUUUUGUAUGUGUGUAUAUACUGGGGAUCAAACUUGGGAACUUGCACUUCUCAGGCAUGUGCUUAUACCACUGAGCCAAAUACCAACCAAUGAAGAAUUUAUUUUUAAAAACUCAUUUUUUUGCACACAACUUGUGGAUCACCAAAUGUUGUAUCUUUAAUGUCCUAAUUAGAUACCUGCUUACAUUCCAACAUAAUUAUAUAAAGCAUAUCAUUUCACCUAUUCUGCUUUCAUACUGAAAACAAUGUCAUGAUUUACAGGAAAUUUUUUCUUACCAUCAAUAUUUUAUAUUCAUGUUUAUGUUGUAUAACUUGAAUUUGAUUGUUAGUUUACCACAAUUUAUACAGCAAAUGAUACUGCUGUGUGUUUCUAAUUGAGACACAUGGGAUGAACUGUGCCCUUGUAAUAAAGAUAUCAUGAACUGUAA